GUUUCUGCAAUGAAGCAGCUUUUCGGCAGACACGAACAUCGGUGGAACGCUGAGAGUCGCCGCUUCGAGCUGAUCUCCCCAUGUCAGAGGGGAACGCGACUGCGCGAACGCUCUGGCCUCCGUUCCACGGACCUUGCUGUCGGUCCACCACCUCGUCCACGUCAUCUGAUGUGCAUUUCUUCGCAUGCAAACAGCUGGGAGUGUGUAUGCGUGUGUGUCGGCUGCAACGUUGGUGCUUGUCACUGGCGGAGCGUGAGGCGUCGGCGCGAGCAGAGAACAGUGGCAGAAAACGAGCAGGGAGAAGAGCGGGAGAGAGAAGCGCGAGGAAAACGCGAAGAGGAAGUGCAGGCGAUACAGGUGGGGAAGUGGAGGCGGUAACGCAGUGUCGGCGAAGACCAGCCUCGUGAGCCUGUUGCGAGACACAGGAGACUUGGAUGUCGACGGCACAUUGAUAAGAGACGAACUUCGAGGGACAGUGAGGUGACCUGCAGGUUGCAAGCGGAGAAGGAGACGACGGAGAGCGAAGAAUUCAAGAGCGAAGAAUUCAAGAGCGAAGAAUUCAAGAGGGGAGAAACGGGAGAACGGAGAAACGGGAGAACGGAGAAACGGGAGAACGAAGAAACGGGAGAACGGAGAAGCGAACCCCUUCCAAAGAGACAUCAGCGACCAGCUCUGUUGGAUGCGCACUCUGCGUCGUUUCCUCUCUACUCAGUUUCUUUUUGGUCCUCGUGCCGCGAAAGUUCUGUUCGCGAAACGCGCUUCUUCCUGCGUUGAAUCCAAGCUUGUGAUGCAUUCGGUGCUUCUGUCGAACCGUGGGGAACUGGUGUUGUCAACGUUGUGUUGAGAGGAUUGGAGGUUACCAAGUCCGUCUCUCGGGAGAAAAAAGCAAACCCUCUUGUCCGGAUUUUCUUGCUCCAUCUCUUCACUCUGCCUGUCACGGCCUCUUUCACAUUUCCCCGACACACAUGGCUGUGGACUCACACGAAAACAGACGCAAACUCGCUCACGUCUGGCGAGGUUAUGUCUGUCCAAAGGCAUUCCAAUGUGAAUAUACAUAUAUAUAUAUACAUUGUAUAUAUGUAUGUAUUAAUGUGUAGGCAUGAGUGUGAGUUGGCACAUGGCAAUCCUUCCAGAUGUACAACUAUGUCUACCUUCGUAUAUACAUUCAGAGAGAGAGGGAGAUAUUUAUACAUAUAUAUAUAUAUAUAUAUAUAUAUAUAUAGAUAUACAGAAAGAAAGUUUUACCCGCAGGCAGGCAUUUCUCUGUUACCUCGUUAACAACGGGGAGUAGACGAUCGAGGACGCUGAGCCGGUUGCCACUGGGAAGUGCCGGCGUUCGGGUCACAAACACACUAAGUUCAGUUUUCGGAAUGUUUGUAUACAUAUAAUAUAUAUAUAUAUAUUACACAUAGAGAGCACAUAUACAAUAACAUAUACGUUUUAUAUGUAUAUAUGUGGAUUAUAAAUAUAUAUAGUGAGAUUGUAUGUAUGUAUAAAUUUAUAUAAUCAUCGUACAGAUAGGCGUUUGGCAGCCACAACAGACUUUCACCGAGUAGGACAGAUGCGGGUGCUCUAAUGCUGCGUUCAGAUCUGGCGUAUCCUCAGUCCCUGUAAGCGCUCUUGAAAAAUUUCGACAUCAUCAUUUUACACGUUCGUGAAAGUCAUUCUGUCCCUGUAAAAGACACGGACUCUGGCAGGCCCAAAACUCCGCCCGUCACUGGUCGGCUUAUAUUCGGCGAGAGUUUCGGCGGCGACCGAAGCGCUGAAUGUAUCGAGCAAUUGGUUCACAUCUAGUUUAGGCUCCGUCCGAAAAGAAACCAUUGAGUGCGCGCGCGUUCGUUUGCUGCAAAGUGCUCGGCUUUCUUCGAACGGACAAGGGGCUGAUCCGAUAGCGUAUCCUCAGUGUCUGGUGGCACUUUUGAAGGAUUUCGACAUCUUCUUUCUAAGCGGAGAACAGCAUCCUGGCGUUUGUGAAUUUGGAAUUAAAAGGACGCAGGCUCUCUGAAGAAAAGUCUCUAUCAAGCCAAGCCCAUCCCACGCGGUAUUUGCGACCUGGCUCGCGGUGUCCACGCCCGCCUUGCGACGCUCUUUUGCCCCUCUGAAAAACCUCCGGCUCGCAGCGUAGAGAGGCGCCGUCUCUGAAAGAACGUCCGACCCGACCAGGGGAUGAAAGCGCUUUUUCGCUAAACCUCCACGAGUUUUGAACCGCCGAAGUGGACUCCAAUAUCACUGCAUUUCGUGGCUUUUCGAAAACACACACGAAGCCGGAUAGAGGUAACCGGUUUCCGUUGUCGCUGGCUGGCUUUCCGUGUCGGGCGGCUAGAGCAAUUCGGUUCCUCGUUUUUUCCGCGGCCUCAAAAGGCCAAGCGUGUCACAAGAUUUUCCUCUGCGCGGCCAACGAGCUGCGGCCCAACUUGUUUGCCUUUUUUUGGCGUCGUGGAGCGUGUGUCUCGGCACUGGGUGCACAGGCUGUUUAUAGCGUUUUUCGCGGCGUUUGGCCGGGGUUUCGGUUUCUUGUAUAAGCCGAAUUGGAAGUUGCCAUGCUUUUGCCUGGAUGCCCCGACAGCAGUUUUUGCCCUGGCAGGUGGAGCUGACGGUGCGGAGGCAACGGCCGAUUCCGAUGCAUGUCUGUGUUUUGGAAACCUUUGUUUGCAGCCGCGAGGUUGGGAUUUUUUUCGGGACUUUCGCCGUCUACUCGCGCCAUGGCGCAGCCCUCUGUGCACGAAAAUCCGAACAUAGAGCGGCCGAGCCGAGGCGCUCUUUGCGUUGCUCGCAGAGUUCGCGGGCACGACUGCGUGUUGCGUCCGGAUCGAAAACCGCCGCGUUUUUCAGCCGCUGCAGGCCAGGAGCCCGCCGAGGCGAAGGACGAUGAUUUUAUUUCGCUCUUGCCUUUUCUGCCGACCCUCUUGGCGUCGCGGAUCUUCCCCGCGUGUCUCCCGCCCUUCAGUUUGUCGGUGUCUGUUCACACGGUGGAUCCUCAGCCUCGCGAGUCGUCGCUGUUCCCCUUUGCUCCCUCCCUCGCCUCUCUCUCGCCAUUCUCUGUGUUCGCGUCGGCCGCGCCUCUCCCCUGCUCCGACGCAUCUGCUUCCCCCGUCGCGAGUGCCACUGCGUCCUCGCAGUCGCUGCCUCGUGAGCGCGUCCCGCAAGACUCGGUGGAGUUCUGCGACGAAGGCGAGAAGCCAGUGACCUCUUCUUCGCCAGCCAAGGCCGUGAACGACGAGGCUCUCGAUGCGCUCGCGGCUGUCGUGCAACGCCUUCUCAGAGCCUUCCUUCUACCUCUCGGAUACUGCGACGACCAGCUCUCGCAGGAGAGGCCGACCGGCGCAGCGCGCGCGGCGUUGUCCGGAGUGCUCACAGCUGCGUGUUCGGCGGCCCAGACGGCUGCAACUUGCGCUGUAGAGACCGGCGAAAGACUCUCGGAUCUCGCCGGGUACUACGCCUCUCCAGGAUCGGAUUUCUCCACGGCUUGCGCAGCGGCUCUCUCGGCGUUCGUCGCUGCUCUCCGCACGCUCAGAGGCGACGUCGAGAAGGACGGGAGUCUUGGGUGCGCCUCCGUCCUUUCCUUUGAGUCCGAGAGCGGCGGGGGGACUUCGCUGUGUCCAUCGCGCGCCCGAAGGCCGUGCCUCCGGUCGCAGCAGAGCGUGGAGGAUCCUUGCGAAGCGACCGCAGACUCGCUGCCUCCUCCUCGUAGACGGAGACGCCUCGACUUGUCGCCGUUCGCCUCCGCAUGUUUCCACGAAGAAGAUUUGUCGCACGCAGGUCGGACCGAGACGGCGCCGCCAGAAUCCGUCUCCACCUUUCGAGUGCCUCACUUCCUGUCUGUCGCCAGCAGUGCCGCCUUCCGGUCCGGCUCGCGCGAGGCGGAGACUCAGAGCGACCGCCGAGGUGCGAAGAGAAGAAGAGCCGCAAGUUCGCCGCCGCCCUCGCCUCUCGUAUGCUUUUCUCUCUCUUCAACGCCGACGCGUUUAAGGGCAAAGGACGGAUUGUUCGAGGACCCGUUUGGAGUCGUCCAAGAAGCCUCCAGACGUUUGGCCGCAGUCGCUGCGCUGCUGGUCAGGAGCCGGCGCGAGGGAGCAGACGCGGAUUCGGAGACUUCGGGGAAGGACGGCCUGCGGCUCGAGGCGGAGCCGACCGGCGAGGACGCAGAGCGCGUUCCUCGAGCGAGAAGAGAGGCGACCACCGCAGACGCGGCGACGGAGCCUCUCCGACGCAGUUUCGAGCCCCCGGUGGAACGGGACGAGGUGCCGUUUUCUGCGACGAACGACCGCAAGAGACGCAGAAGAGCAGUUGCGUUGGUGGUGUCUCCGAACGCAUGCGCGAGUCCUUUUUCUCUGACGAGUUCGCGGAGUCCAACGCCGCUCCUGAGUCGAACGAACAGCGUUUCCCAGGCGAAAUUUGAGUGUACGUACUCGCGAGAGUCCGCGCAGCCGACGUUCCAGACGCUUCCGCUUCACGCGCAACUUCCGAGUCGCCACGGGACGUCCUCUGACCUCUCCACGCCGCGGAGUGGCGCGAACUCCAGGUCGUUGUGCGCCUCGCCGUCUUCUGUCUCGCGUCCUCCUCUUCCUCCCGGCGGGACUGGUCUGGCUGCGAGUUGCGAGGUUCGAAGAGUCUCAUACAGACGGAACUCGCCAGAGUUCGAGUCUGCGCCUUCGCGCUCGUCGUCCUUUGCGUCCGCCGCGGAGGAACCGCCGCCGGGACGCGACCGCGCAGAGUGCAGCGCUGGCCUCUCCCAGGCACGGCCGUCCGCCCCGGGUGUACGUACACCUCGGCGGACGUGCGGUCGGCGGAGUUCGCAGUUUCUUGGGGACCCCGGGACGCGAGAGACUGACGGUGAGGACGCAGAGGCAACGAGUGGCGAGGAGAGAGACUCGCCAGUCACUCGGGGCGAAAGCGAAGGCAGUGCGUUUUCGCCUUCUUCGGAGACACCGCUGGCACCUCCGCUGCCCGCGGGGCGCUCCUUCUUCUCCGGUUUGCUGGCUCGCGCCUUUAGCUUGAAGAAGGAUCUCUUCGACGGCGUGGAGCAGCAGCGAGGGCGGUUCUUCUCCGGCUCUUCGGAGACGCCUGAGACCCCCGCCCCGCAACUCGACUUGCCGGAGCGCCUGGCUUCGCGAGACUUCCCGCCGUCGGCCUUCCCCUCAGGUGCGGCUGACCGAUCAGGCGCGUUCGCCCGGCGUCCGCGGUUCGUCCGCCACAUAUCUUGUUCGCCUCUCUCCGCUUUCGUACCUCGUAAACACACGGACAUCUCCAGUUCUCCAACAAAUUCACUUUCUUGUGCACCGCCCCUCGCGCAUGCCUCAGGCGCCCCCACGGACUCGCAGGCUUCGAAACUCCCCUCGCGCGCCAGGGCGAAAGAGCGGGUGGCGCUCGCGUUCGCCUCGGACGCAGCGAGCAAACGAGGAGACAGGGCCUGCUGUCACGCUGGAGAACGAGGAGACAGAGAAGACAGACGCUUUUCGGGGUACGACGCAUAUCUCGCCUGGCACGAAGACAAGUGGGAAGAGGGCGUCUUCGACCGCGUAGAAGUCGCUGACGUUGACAUCGAUCCCCUCCAGCGACUCGCCUGCUCGAUCAUGUGACGGAAGCCGAGAUCUUUGAAAGCUUUUCGUCUUCCAUACGGACCUCAACACCUCAUAU